GAACGUACGAAUGGCGGCGCUGUGUACGUUUUCCUCACAUGUGAUAACCUCGAACGUAUCUGUAGUACUGUAUUACGUCUCCGUUAGAUUAUUCAGGUUUUGACGAUUUACACGCGAGUUUAUAGAAUAUGCAAUUAAAAAUGGUAAAAACUUUUAAUGCGAAAUUAGCAAAGCAUAUACUUCAAGAAGAAAACAAAUUUAUUUCGAAUAUAUAUUCGAAAAUGCCUUUGCCUAUGUUCGAGUUAGUCAACCAGGAUGAAGAUGAAGAAGAGAAGGAUGAUGUUAUAAGAAGGGUUCCAGGUGCAACAACAAAAAGGGCACAAACUUUCGAAGAAUUACAUGCCAAAUUAGAAGAAUUAAAAAACGUGAAAAAAUUAGGGUAUAAACAAAAGCUUCUAAAGAAAACAUUAAAGAAUAAAAUUAAAAAAAAAACAAGAAAAGAAGAACGUUUAAUACAGAAGAAGUCAGUAAGAACGGAACAGCAAGUAACUGAUUUGGACAACUUUAAUUUUGAAGAUAAUGAGAUGCAAAAAAUUCCUAAGCCUAAACCAAUAUUUAACUCUGAAGGUAAAAUGGUCUUUAGUAAAUUUGAUUUUUCUGAAAUUGGAACAAAGAAAAAAUCUUUGAAAAGUGAAAAAGAUCCAAAGAAAAUUCUUCAACAAUUGCAACAGAAGAAUGAAAAGUUAAAGGAAUUAGAACAGUCUGGAGAAAAAGAUAAAGUAGAAGAGAUCAAAGAAAAAGAAGCUUGGAAAUCAGCUCUUGCAAAGGCCAGCGGGGAAAAGGUUAAGGACGAUCCAGAUUUAUUAAAACGCACAAUAAAACGACAAGAACUAAAAAGGAAGAGGAGUUCCAAAAAAUGGGAAUCUAGAAUAGAGUCUGUACAGAAGUCUAAACAAGAAAGACAAGAGAAAAGACAAGAAAAUAUUACAAAAAGAAAAAGGGAGAAAAAAACGAAUAAACUUAAAAAAGCUGCAAAAAAAGGAAGAGUGAUACCAGGAUUUUAAAUAUCAAGGACGAGAGCUUCGAUGUAACUACCCUCGCCUUCAAUUUCCUGCUAGGUAUCUCCAAACGUAGUAGAUACGGUAUUAGCUUGAGUCAAAGCUGUCCAUAGAGGACUAUGAUCUAUUGGCACCGCUAAAGAUUUAGGAGAUCUAGGUGAUCUGUAAAAAAAAAUAUAUAUUAUCAAUAAAUAUUAAUUACAUAUUAAAUAAAACUAUAAAUUUAAUAUUAACAUUCAAUUGACAUGAAGAAAUGCAAUAAGUUUGAAAAAUUUCAUCCUUUCGAAAAUAACCAUUGUUCGCGGUAAUUCUUACUUUUAAAUAUGGCGUAUCUCUUAUUGGCUGUAAGCAUGAACCAAUCGCUGGACUCGCUUUCUCGUUCUAUAGGAUAUUGAUAUGGCGUCAUUGAGCAAUUUCUUCGCGUGAAGAUUUUUAUUUUUACAUUCAGUAUUAUUUUUUCGAUAAAAAAUACGACGAUCAAUAUUUACAUUGUAUUACGUAAAAGGCGUGACAAAAAAUUUCUUAUUUAUAUGUACUUUAUUAUUCUUAAAUUUACAGAGUCAAGAUAUUGUAAAAUAAAAUAUAACCUCGGCGGUGCCAAUAUUGUAUGCUAGUCAGGACUACUCAAUUCCAAUGCAGUACUUUGCUCAGGAUCAGAUCGUUCCUCGACAACGGUAUCCAGUUCUAACGAUGGAAAUGUUCUUGAUCCACGAUCACUUUUCAAGGAUACGGUUCUCGUUGGGCGAUCAACGCCAGCUAAAGAAAACAAGAAAUUAUCAUCAAUUUCGGAGUGUAAGUUAAGACACAUGAUCUAUAGGUACUUUAAAUAAUUACUAUGAAUUAAUAUUAAUAAAUGCAAGAUUAAAACCUCACGUCGUAUUCCAUCUUGGUCCGCCAUUAAUUAUAUAUUAUAAAAAUGGAUUUUUAAAAAUCUUUUGAAUCAUUGCAUUUUCUUUGAUCAUUUUUUAAUAGAUUCUCUCUCUCUGUUUCUUUUAAUUGGUAAUAUACGCAUGCAUAACAAUUCUUUAUACUACUUUUGCAAAUUUCUACGAUCUUAGUAUUUGCACUAUUUAAAAAAAAAAAUAAAAUUCGAACGCAAGAAAAUACUUAAGAAAAUUGCUUCAUCUUUGCUGGAUGGAAGUUUGCGAAUGGAAGUAUUAUCGUCGUUAUUAUUUUGUAUUAUACAUUUAUUCUAACAUAUUCUAAAAUAUUAUACAUUUGUUCUAAAAUAUUUUUUUCCAAUAUAUACACACACACACACACACACACAUAUAUAUGUAUGUGUGUAAGAUGGGGUCAUAAGUUUCUAGGUGAUUUUAAAACAAUUUUUCUAAAACUUUAAGCCAAUUCUUCAUACAGCCUAGCUUUUGAAAGUCUAUAUGCUAAAAAAAAAAAAUUAAUUUUUAAAAUCAUCCAGUAACUUUUCGUUUUUCAUCCUUUUAUUUUCAUAUGUCAAGCGUGUGAUAAAGUGUGUGAUCAGUGUAAAAGCGUAUUUUAUCGUUAUUCAUCAUGCGCCAUGUUUAAAAAUGGCUAAGAAAAGGAAAAGAAAGAAAGAAAAAACAAGA